UCAUUCUAUUAUAUUCUUCUCUGUAUUUUUUAUUUUCAGAAUUGGAAGACAUGAAGCUAUCCAAAUUUCAAACAAUAAUAGUAACUCUUUAAUUUGCUUAGAAGAAAUUCAAGCUAUUUUUACUAAUUAGAAAUCUUCAACUUUUCUCGAUGAACUAGCAAAAAUUACUGUUAAUCCUCUUCAAGAUUGUUGCAAAAAAAUACUCGACCAAUUAAAUGGAAAUGUUCAAAUGAUUUGCAAAGAAACUGCUGAAUUUUAUUCUGUGUGGAAGAAAGAAAGACAAUUUAGGAUCACAGGCAGUGAUCCAACUUACAAGCUAUUUACUUAUAGAAAUAAUAAAAAGUCCGAUUGGGAGCAGAAAUCAUUACAAUAUUUUUAUCCAACCGCAAUAUCUAACUGUUAUACUAAAUAUGGCUUAAUUAAUAAACUCAUAACUCGUGAAUUAUAUGAAAAAUAUAUUAAUUGUAAAGUUGUUGAAUGUGGUCUCGUUGUAGCACAUAAUAAUUCUUGGCUCGGUAGUUCACCUGAUGGCAUUGUGUUUGAUGAUCUUAAACCUAUAAAAAUGAUUGAAAUAAAAUGUCCUUACAAUGGUAAAAAAAAAACCUUAGAAGAAGUUAUUCCAUCUUUACAGUAUCUCGUGACUGUAAACAACCAAUUAACUUUGAAAAAACAACACCUCUACUAUGCUCAAAUACAAAUAGGUAUGGCUUUAUUAAAUCUGCCCACACAACUGAUUUUUUAAUUUAUAUUCCAUUCGACAAUAAAUUGCUUAUAAUACCUAUCAGCUUCGAUAUAAAGUACGCUGAAAAUUUAUUAUAUUCCUUAAAAAAAAAU